GACCCGCCAGAGAGCGGGACUCGGCCAAACCCGCUGCGCCACCGUGCCCCCGUUUGCUUAACGACAUCCUUAUAAUCAUUGUUGUCGCAGUGUGCCGAUUGUUAGCGAAGAUUGUAUUGUAAACACUUGUUGAGGUUAUUUGACAUGUUAAAGGUUUAAAGGUUCAAAGGUUCAUUUUUGACACCGGAAAAGGAGAACCGCCUUGACUCUGUCCUCUCACAUUUGUCCCUGCCAAAUAACGGGGAUAAGUGGGCCUUUUGUCCAAACUACGUGUCCCUACCGAACCGUGCUCUUUGGCGCCAUCUAGCGACAAGAUGUGGAACCCGAGCCCUUUCGAUGAAAGGCGGACUGCCGUAAGGCGAGCGCGACGCAAAGCUCGGCCUUGUUCAGCCCCGUGUGUUUGCGGCGUUCGGCGCACGAGGAAAAGGUGUUGGAGAAAGUGACAUCCUGCACGGGUUAUGGGGGGGGGGGGACUAGACAUCACUUUUAUUUCCCUUAAUGAUGAUGAAACUGUUGAUCCUGUGCGCGAUCCUUUGUACGUGUGUGAUGAAACUGUGCAGUUGGUGCAAUAGUCCACCGAAAAAUAAAUAGCUUUUUCUAUACUAACUGUAUUCUGUAUUAAGGUAUGCUUGCCUUAAAUCACGACACAGUACAUUUUCUAUUCAUGUAAUAUACUUUUACUAACAUAGAUACAGCACGACGUCCGUGUGGAAAAGGCGCAAGCUCGCGUCAGCCACGCUGCUUUGCGACACGUUGAAGAAUGCGAUGCAGACACCUGCUGAGAAAUGACUCACUCCUCGCGUUGAACCCAAAGUGCAAUUUCACCGCAACUAUUCAGAAAAGACACAAAAAAAAAAAAAAAAAAAAAACCGCUAGAUCACUUUGUGACAUGGGAGUGAAGUGAGAGCGCGGGAGAGCGCAGUUGUCUCUCUUCUUUUCGUUCCCAUUGCCGUAUGAAACUUGAGGAGCUGCAGCGUGUGUGCGCGCGCCCACUGUUGUCGGCAACGAGAGGAGACAGGGGGCAAUUAGUAGGAGGUUCCCCUGGAGGUGUGCGUCUCUGUGCGUGGGAGGCGGGCGGACACAUUCACUACGGCCAGCUGCUGAUCUCACACACACACACACACACCGUCGGGUUAUCACUCCUGGGUGACGGAUUUAAAUAUCAAGGGGCCGAUCUGUGCCCUCGAGGAGGUGGGACCCCCGCCGCGGGACAUGUUUAAUUAGCUUCGGCAUCGGCGCCCACAUCACUGUGAACGCGCGCCACCUCUGGAGCAUCUUGACUCCCGCGCUGCGGCAGCAUCCCCUCCGCUAGCCUCCACCUGGACACCCGGGACCCUUGGGCAGCGUUCCGUUGGUCUCCUUGGAAACGCCGCUCGCCAACUCCAUUCAUUGUUUAGAGAUUGUAUAUUAAUUUUAUUUAAUGUAUUUAUUUUUUGUUGCUCGUUCCGCUUCGUUCAUCUGUUGGGGAGCUUGUUUUGUCGGUGGCUCUUCGGGGACGUGGAAUCCAGCUUAAGUUGCGGCCGGUCCCUCCACGGAACAUUUUUUUGUCACCGUACGUCCUGCUGCGGCCGCGUGUGCCGGGAAUGUCGCCCUGCGGAUCGGUCGUCAGAUACCGAGAAAGAGGCGGACUUUUGUCCGCUUGACUGGCUCUCUCUGUCCAGUUUCGAGUUUGUUUAGACGGGAUUCGCUGAGGAUGCUGACGUUCCCCUGCGUGCGCGUGGAGCUCACGUGCAGCCUGCUGCUCCUCGUGCUGCUCUCGCUGCGGUCGCCGCGCUCGGUGUCGCCGUUAAUCACAGGUACCGAAGCCAGCUGCGAAAACGAAGGCGAAGUGCUGCACAUCCCCAACAUCACCGACAACCCCUGCAUCACCUGCGUGUGUCUGGACGGGAAGGCGGACUGCAAGCAGGAGAAAUGUGUCCCGGCGCCAGAGGACUGCGCCCUGGUGGUGAAGCAGACGGGGGCCUGCUGCGAGCGCUGCAAAGGUUGCCAGCUGGACGGCCAGUCGUACAACAGCUCUGCGACGUGGACCACCUCCGUGAAGCCGUGCAUCACUCGCAGAUGUCAGGAAGGCGUCGUGACGGAGGCGGAGGUGCGAUGCGUCAUUCACUGCAAGAACCCAAAGAUUCACCCCAAGAAGUGCUGCCCAUCCUGUCCCGGUUGCAUUUUCGAGGGCCGACUGUACAAAGAGAAGGAGGAGUUCCAUCCCGAGGGCCAGCCCUGCAUCGUCUGCUCCUGUUCGGGAGGACGGACAACGUGCGCGAGGGAGGCGUGUCCCGUACUUUCGUGCCCUGCCCACCUGAGCCGUAUUCCAGCGGGGCGGUGCUGCCCGAGAUGCCUCGGCCAGAGGAAAGUGUUUGAUCUUUCCCUGGGGAGCUGUCUCUUCCACAGCGAAGUGUAUGAAAAUGGGUCCUCCUUCGAAUACGAUAACUGCACCUCCUGCACUUGCAAGAACUCAACGGUGGUGUGCAGGAAAAGAUGCUCCAAGGCCGGAACUUGCAGCGGGACCGAGGAGCGGCGUUGCGGCGAAUGCGUGUCCUACCUAAAAGCCGAAGACGUCGAGUACUGCCGGGUCGGGAACAAGGUGUACAGGGAAGGGGAGCUGUGGUCGUCGGCCAACUGCACGUUGUGCGCGUGCGUCAGGGGGACCGUCAAGUGCGAGCCGAAGCGGUGCGCCCCGAUCGCGGCCUGCCCAGCGAAUAAAAUACUCAACCGAACUGGCUGCUGUCCGGUUUGCACCGAAAAACCUGGAGUGUGCACGGUUUUCGGGGAUCCCCACUACAACACCUUCGACGGACGCACCUUUAACUUCCAGGGCACUUGCCGGUACGUGCUGACUCGCGACUGCUCCCCGGCAGCCAGCUUCCAGGUGCUGGUGAAGAACGACGCGCGCGGCACCCGCUCCUUCUCGUGGACCAAAUCGGUGGAGCUGCAGAUGGCCGGCCUGAGCGUCGGCCUGCACCAACACCUGACGGUGCGCCUCAACGGCACGCGCGUCUCCCUGCCCUACGAGUCCGCCGGCCUCCGCGUCGACCUGGAGGGCUACCUGCUGAAGCUGAGCACCGGAGCAGGCUUGGAGAUUACGUGGGACGGCGACAGCUUCGUGGAGGUGGUGGCUGCCCCCCAUCUGAAAGGCAGCCUCUGCGGUCUGUGCGGGAACUACAACGGCCACAAGCGGGACGACGCCGUCGGCGGAGACGGCACAUUCAAGUUCGACGCGGACGAAUUUGCGGAGACGUGGCGCGCAGAGAGCGACGAGGCGUGCGGAGGGGUCCGGCGCAAGCCCGCGUCCUACCGCUGCCCCGCUUCGGUCAAGGUCAAGUUUCGGGCCCACCGCGAGUGCCAGAGGCUCAAGUCGCGGGAGUUCCAAAAGUGCCACGGCGUGGUGGACUUGGCGCCGUUCUACAGGUCCUGCGUCACAGAUAUGUGCGAGUGUCCCGUGCAUAGGAACUGCUACUGCGAGUCCUUCAUAGCCUACAGUCGUGCGUGCGAGAGGGAGGGUGCGCCGGUUCAGUGGAAGGUGGAGCGGAGCUGUAUGGCGACUCCUCAGUGCAAGCACGGCGCGGUGUACGACACGUGCGGCCCGGGCUGCGCCAAGACGUGCGAUAACUGGAACGAGAUAAUGGGCCCGUGCGCCGAGGAGGAGGCUUGCGUGGCGGGUUGCCGGUGCCCCGCCGACCUCGUGCUCUUCCGGGGCCGUUGCGUGAACCCAGAACGGUGUCCGGGUCGGUGACCCGAGCGAGAGCCGGACGAAGAAGGAGGACGAAUGCUGCAGCCCGCAAGCCGGGUGGUUGUGACGAAAUGGGGGGGGAAAAGGGAGAAGGGACGCGUUGUCUGCUGGGAAUAAGAAGGGA